UCCGCCCCAUUAUCCCUGAUGAGACAAAUGAAAAUAAGCCAUCUGUACAAGUAGUAAAGGAUACUGCAACUGUAUCUUGGACAGCCCCAGAGCAGGGUGAAGUAACAUCAUAUGGAAUCAAGUUCUGUGUAAAGGAUACCCUGAUAUGUGAGGAACAUCGUGUAGAUAACAGCACCACAUCUGCAGUGAUUAACAUCACAGAGGGGAAAGAAUACACAUUUACACUGAUUGUCUACCAAGGAGAUGAUGUUGUGUAUGAAUCUGAACCCUUUGCUCAAGAUCUUUCUUCAGAUGGUGAUGAUGGUGGAAUGGUAGGGCCAAUAGUGGGAGCAGUUGUAGCUGCUGUUAUUGCCUUUAUUGUGGUUGCUGUAGUCACUCUGUUUGUCAUUCGUCGCAGGAAAAGUCUACAAAAAGUCCGCCCCAUUAUCCCUGAUGAGACAAAUGAAAAUAAGCCAUCUGUACAAGUAGUAAAGGAUACUGCAACUGUGUCUUGGACAGCCCCAGAUCAGGGUGAAGUAACAUCAUAUGGAAUCGAGUACUGUGUAAAGGAUACCCUGAUAUGUGAGGAGCAUUGUGUAGAUAAUAGCAGCACAUCGGUAGUGAUUAACAUCACAGAGGGGAAAGAAUACACAUUUACAGUGAGAGUCUACCAAGGAGAUGAUGUUGUGUAUGAAUCUGAACCCUUUGCUCAAGAUCUUUCUUCAAAUGAUGAUGAUGGUGGAAUGGUAGGGCCAAUAGUGGGAGCAGUUGUAGCUGCUGUUAUUGCCUUUAUUGUGGUUGCUGUAGUCACUCUGUUUGUCAUUCGUCGCAGGAAAAGUCUACAAAAAGGAUCUGAAGUGGAGAUGUCUGCAAAUAACUCGUUGGUUGUUGGCAAUGAUUACAUUGGCUCAAAUGGUGGUGUAUCUAACCCAGCGUUAGAGGACGGGGACGUGGAAGAUAUUAACCCUUACGCCGAGUCUCCUCACCCCUCAGCUACAAAUGGCCGCCCGCUCAUAGCUGCUAAGCCAGCUAUUGCUGCUAAACCAGCUAAAACUGCGGGGGCAGCUGGAGUGGAAGGGCUGUAUGCCCAGCCAGACAAGAAGAAAAAACAGGAAAAAAGAGCCUCUAACUUGCCAGUUGAACCUCCUCUCGAUGCUUUGUAUGCUAGACCAGAUAAAUCUAAGAAAGAGGAGGGGAAAGAAGGGGCGGAGGCUGCAGCUUAUGUGCCCGAGGCAGGAAACAAGGAACAAGACCCUGGUGCAUUGUAUGCCAAACCUGAAAAGAAGAAAAAGAAGAAAGGAAAGGAGAAGGACGAAGAACUGACUACCCUGUAUGCCCAGCCUGAUAAAGGCAAGAAGAAGAAAAAGAAAGCUGAAGCCAAGCCAGCUUAUGAUGAGGAUGAGAACCCAUACCAGAAUGUGGAGAACAAGAAUGACCCUGGGGAGAACCCCUAUGCCAAUGUGGAGAGUGGAGGACAGGUGGUGGAGGAAAAGGUGGAGGAUCCCAAAGAUAGCGCUAAGGUAUAUAGAAAUAAUUAGCUUAAAAGACAGGUGUUUGUUUCAGGGGAGUGUAUCUUGUUCAAGCAUUUUUUCUUAAUCGUUGUUAUUAUUAUAUGUUGAAUUUUGUUUGCAAAUUCCUGAUCCAAAAACACCUGUUUCUUAUUGCUCUAAUUACCCCCCACCUUCAUUUAUUUGUUUCUUUAUUUUGUUUAU